CCCGCCGGGCCUGGAACCCCGGAAGCCGUCGCGGGCAGGGCCAUGGCCGGGCUUAGCCCCGCGCUGCCCCCAGGCGGCCGGGAGGGGGUGGCCCUGGGGAGCCGGGGGCGGGAAGUCUCUCUCACUCGCGGGGCCGCCUGCUGGUCCCCGCCCCCAAGCCCCGACAUGGAGGAGCUGCUGCAGAGCGUGGAGAGGGACCUGAACAUCGAUGCCCGGCAGCUGGCUCCGGCCCCGGGGGGCACCUACGUGGUGGCCCUAGUGCCUGCGCGCUGGCUGGCCAGCCUCCGCGAGCGCCGGGUGCCCCUCGGACCCUGCCCCCGGGCAGAGGGCCUGAACGAGGCGGAAGUGAGGACUCUUCUGCAACGCUCCGUGCAGAAGCUGCCCCCCGGCUGGACGCGCGUGGAGGUGCACGGUCUGCGGAAACGGAGGCUGUCCUACCCCCUGGGCGGCGGCUUGCCUUCUGAGGAGGGGUCCACCAGCCCUGAGACCCUCACUCGCUUCAUGCAGGAUGUGGCUGCCCAGAAUUAUCGCAACCUGUGGCGCCAUGCUUAUCGUACUUAUGGGCAGCCCUAUAGUCAUAGUCCUGCCCCUUCAGCUGUCCCUGCGCUGGACUUGGUACGACAGGCCCUGCAGAGGGUCUAUGGUUGUCCCUUCCUGUCGGUGGGUGAAUUUACCCAGUGCCCAUCCUAUGCAAGAGAUGGUCCCUGUCCUCUUCGGGGCAGCCUGGCCUGUCCCAGUCUUUUGCAAGCUGAGGCCCUGCUGGAGUCUCCAGAGAUGCUAUACGUGGUGCACCCUUAUGUACAGUUCUCCCUGCAUGAUGUGGUCACUUUCAGCCCUGCCAAGCUAACCAACAGCCAGGCCAAGGUGCUCUUCAUCCUCUUCCGUGUGCUGAGGGCAAUGGAUGCCUGUCACCGCCAGGGACUGGCCUGCGGGGCCCUGACUUUGCACCACAUCGCUGUAGAUGAGAAGCUUUGCAGUGAGCUCCGGCUGGACCUGAGUGCUUACGAAAGGCCCAAGGAGGACGAGAGUGAGGAGAUCCCUGUGGCAAGGGAUGGGCCAGGCAGUGGACCUGGAGAGGAGGGAGGGGGGAGACCUGGAUGUCCCAGCUGCCAGGAGGAACUUCGUGGCCUCGUGCUAGAUUGGGUCCAUGGCCGUAUCAGCAACUUCCACUACCUCAUGCAGCUAAAUAGGUUGGCAGGUCGGCGGCAGGGGGAUCCCAAUUACCACCCAGUGUUGCCCUGGGUGGUGGACUUCACCACACCCCAUGGGCGCUUUCGAGACCUACGCAAGUCCAAGUUCCGCCUCAACAAGGGGGAUAAGCAGCUGGACUUCACCUAUGAGAUGACGCGGCAGGCGUUUGUAGCAGGUGGUACAGGCGGUGGGGAGCCACCUCACGUUCCUCACCACAUCUCAGAUGUGCUCUCUGACAUCACAUAUUACGUGUACAAGGCUCGGCGGACACCCCGGUCGGUGCUCUGUGGACACGUGCGGGCACAGUGGGAGCCCCAUGAGUAUCCCGCCAGCAUGGAGCGUAUGCAGAACUGGACACCUGACGAGUGCAUUCCCGAAUUCUAUACUGACCCCUCUAUCUUCUGCUCCAUCCACCCUGACAUGCCUGACCUGGACGUGCCAGCCUGGUGUGGCUCCAGCCAGGAGUUUGUGUCUGCCCACCGGGCGCUGUUGGAGAGCCCAGAGGUGUCCCAGGACCUGCACCAUUGGAUUGACCUCACAUUUGGCUACAAACUCCAGGGCAAGGAGGCUGUGAAAGAAAAGAAUGUGUGUCUGCACCUGGUGGAUGCCCACACACACCUGACCAGCUAUGGCGUGGUACAGCUCUUUGAUCAGCCACACCCCCAACGGCUGGCUGGGGCUCCUGCCCUUUCCCCUGAGCCUCCGCUCAUCCCCAGAGUGUUGUUCCAGACCAUUCAGGAGAGCAUAGGCCGGGAGGACUUACCUGGACAGCUCACAAAUGGGAUGGGUAGGCUGGUUUUGGAAGCCACUCCCUGUGAGGCUGGCUGGGCCAGGGACAGGCUCGUGGCAGGGGAAGAUGACUUAGAACAGGCCACGGAAGCUCUGGAUUCCAUCUCCCUCUCGGGGAAAGCAGGUGACCAGCUGGGCUCCUCCUCCUCCAGUCAGGUGCCCCCAGGCCUCCUGUCUUUCUCAGUGGCCUCGGCCUCUCGACCAGGACGCAGGAACAAACCUGCUGGCGCAGACCCCGGGGAAGGGGAGGAGGGGAAGAUUCUUCUUCCCGAGGGCUUCAAUCCUGUGCAGCCUCUGGAAGGGCUAGAGAAACUAGGCAACUUCCUGACCAAAGGCCUAGGGAGCCAGUUGGAGGUGCUCGAGCAGCCCCAGGUCCAGCCACCCGUGCAGCUGCGGGAACUCUUCCAUCGGGACAUGCAGGCGCUGGGUAUUCUAUUGGCAGAAAUGGUGUUUGCCACCAGGGUCCGAACGCUGCAGCCUGAUGCACCACUGUGGGUACGCUUUGAGGCUGUUCGGAGGCUCUGCACACGCCACCCCAAGGAGGUCCCUGUGUCUCUGCAGCCCGUGCUGGACAUACUGCUGCAGCUGAGUGGCCCCGAAGGCCCUGUGGGGGCAGGGAAGGGCAAGCUGGCCCCACUCUUUGAGUACAGGCCUGUCUCCCAGGGGUUGCCCCCUCCCUGCCCAGCCCAGCUCCUGAGCCCCUUCAGCUCUGUGGUCCCUUUCCCCCCGUACUUCCCAGCACUACACAAGUUCAUCCUCCUGUAUCAGGCAAGGCGGGUGGAGGAUGAGGCUCAGGGGCGGGAGCUGGUGUUCGCUCUGUGGCAGCAACUGGGUGCAGUGCUGAGUGACAUCACCCCAGAGGGCUUGGAGAUCCUGCUGCCUUUCGUGCUGUCGCUCAUGUCUGAGGAGCACACGGCCGUGUACACAGCCUGGUACCUGUUUGAACCUGUUGCUAAGGCACUAGGCCCCAAAAAUGCUAACAAGUACCUGCUGAAGCCUCUCAUCGGUGCGUAUGAGAGCCCCUGCAGGUUACAUGGCCGCUUCUACUUGUAUACUGACUGCUUUGUGGCCCAGCUAAUGGUGCGGCUGGGCCUGCAGGCCUUUCUCAUCCACCUGCUGCCCCACGUCCUACAGGUGCUGGCUGGUGUGGAGGCCUCCCAGGAGGAAAGCAAGGGCCUGGUGGGUGCCACCGAGGAUGAGGACAGUGAACUCCCAGGGGCCAGGCCCAGCUCCUGUGCUUUCAGGGAGGAAAUUCAGAUGGAUGGUGAGCCUGCUGCCUCCUCGGGCCUGGGGCUUCCAGACUACACGUCUGGUGUCAGCUUCCAUGACCAGGCCUACCUCCCUGAGACUGAGGACUUCCAAGCUGGGCUCUAUGUGGCUGAGUCCCCACAGCCCCGGGAAGCUGAGGCUGUGAGCCUGGGUCGGCUGAGUGACAAGAGCAGCACCAGCGAGACCUCCCUGGGUGAGGAGCGGGCCACAGAGGAGGGUGGCCUCAGAUCGGGCGACAGCAGCCAGGACCUGAAGCAGAGCGAGGGCUCCGAGGAGGAAGAGGAGGACGAGGAAGGCUGCGUGGUGCUGGAGGAGGAGGAGGGAGAUGGGGAGCAAGAUGAGAUCACCAGGGCAUCUGAACUCACUCUCUCUGACACCGUGCUGUCCAUGGAUACAGUCGUGGCCCGCAGUGGCGAGACAGAUGGGGAAGAAGAGGAGGAGCCGCUCACUGAGCAGUCGGAGGGCAAAGAACAGAAGAUCCUCCUUGAUACAGCCUGCAAGAUGGUCCGCUGGCUGUCUGCCAAGCUUGGCCCCACAGUGGCCUCUCGCUACGUGGCCCGGAACCUGCUCCGCUUGCUGACAUCUUGUUAUGUUGGGCCCACUCGGCAGCAGUUCAUGGUGAGCAGUGGUGAGAGCCCCCCGCUGAGUGCUGGCAACAUCUACCAGAAGAGACCGAUACUGGGUGAUAUAGUGUCGGGGCCUGUGCUCAGCUGCCUCCUCCACAUCGCUCAUCUGUACGGGGAGCCUGUCCUCACCUACCAGUACCUGCCCUACAUCAGCUACCUGGUGGCCCCAGGUAGCACCUCAGGCCCCAGUCGACUGAACAGCCGUAAGGAGGCAGGACUGCUGGCGGCAGUGACUCUGACCCAGAAGAUCAUCGUGUACCUCUCAGACACCACCCUCAUGGACAUCCUGCCCCGAAUCAGCCACGAGGUCUUACUGCCUGUGCUCAGCUUCCUCACUUCCCUCGUCACUGGGUUCCCGAGUGGGGCCCAGGCCCGGACUGUCCUAUGUAUGAAAACCAUCAGCCUCAUCGCCCUCAUAUGCCUGCGCAUUGGACAGGAGAUGGUCCAGCAGCACCUGAGCGAGCCUGUGGCCACCUUCUUUCAAGUCUUCUCUCAGCUGCAUGAGCUUCGGCACCAGGAUCUGAAGCUGGAUCCUGGGGGCCGCAGUGAGGGCCAGCUGCCAGAGGUAGCCUUCUCCGAUGGGCAGCAGCGGCUAGUGGACCCCACCCUGCUGGACGAGCUGCAGAAGGUGUUCACCCUGGAGAUGGCGUACACAAUCUACGUGCCCUUCUCCUGCCUGUUGGGUGACAUCAUCCAGAAAAUCAUCCCCAACCACGAGCUGGUUGGGGAGCUGGCAGGGCUGUAUUUGGAGAGCAUCAGUCCAAGCAGUCGCAAUCCUGCCAGCGUGGAGCCCACUGUACCCAGCAGCGGCCUCGAGUGGGACCUCCAGAGUGGGAGCUGCCCCCAGGAUGAUGGCCACUCGGGGACCUUUGGGAGUGUUCUGGUCGGGAACCGCAUCCAGAUUCCUGAUGACUCUCAGCCUGAGAGCCCCAGCUUGCUGGGCCCCAUCCCUGGUGUGGGCAGUGGAGGCCUCGACAGUGAGGAGGACAACGCGCUGAAGCGGGAGCUGCCACGGAGUGCCCAUGGGCUGAGUGGCAACUGGCUAGCAUAUUGGCAGUACGAGAUUGGUGUGAGCCAGCAGGAUGCCCACUUUCACUUCCAUCAGAUCCGCCUGCAGAGCUUCCCAGGCCACUCAGGAGCUGUCAAGUGUGUGGCACCCCUGAGCAAUGAGGACUUCUUCCUGAGUGGCAGCAAGGACCGCACUGUGCGCCUCUGGCCUCUCUAUAACUCUGGGGAUGGCACCAGUGAGACAGCUCCACGCCUCGUCUAUGCCCAGCACCGCAAGAGUGUCUUCUUUGUGGGCCAGCUUGAGGCCCCACAGUAUGUGGUGAGCUGUGACGGGGCGGUGCACGUCUGGGACCCCUUCACAGGGAAGACCCUUCGCAUGAUGGAGCCAUGGGACAGCCGGGUGCCCCUGACUGCUGUGGCUGUCAUGCCUGCCCCCCAUACCAGCAUCACCAUGGCCAGCUCUGACUCGACCCUGCGCUUUGUGGACUGCAGGAAGCCUGGCCUACAGCAUGAGUUCCGCCUCGGCGGCGGGCUGAACCCUGGACUUGUCCGCUCCCUGGCCGUCAGCCCCAGUGGCCGUAGUGUUGUGGCUGGCUUCUCCUCGGGCUUCAUGGUGCUCCUGGACACCCGUACCGGCCUGGUUCUGCGUGGCUGGCCGGCCCAUGAAGGGGACAUCCUGCAGAUUAAGGCGGUGGAGGGCAGUGUCCUGGUCAGUUCCUCCUCUGACCACUCCCUGACCGUGUGGAAAGAGCUGGAACAGAAGCCUAUGCACCACUACAAGUCAGCAUCUGACCCCAUCCAUACCUUCGACCUAUAUGGUAGCGAGGUGGUCACGGGCACUGUGGCCAACAAGAUCGGCGUCUGCUCCCUACUUGAGCCACCCUCCCAGGCCACCACCAAGCUCAGCUCUGAGAACUUCCGAGGCACGCUCACCAGCCUGGCCUUGCUGCCCACCAAACGCCACCUCUUGCUGGGCUCAGACAACGGAGUCAUCCGCCUCCUGGCGUAGGCUGAAGCAGGGCUGGCCAACGAGGGGCGGCAGACAUCCCCCAGGAGUCCAUCCCUCACCCUUGUGUUCCCAACAGCUCCCUCUGGGCAAGCCUUAGGCCCUACAUCCUGAGCGCCCACAUGACCUACGAGCAAGGGUGAGGCCGGGGUCCAGGUUCCCGAACUUCCAGAGCCACAGGGCUGCCUGAAAGGAUCUUCAUGGCUGGGGGAGAUGCGGCCCCUGGUCAUCAGGAAGCAGGAGAGAGAGAACACUGGGAAGCAUCACCCCCUCUUCUCCCUAGCUCUGCCCUCUGGGUCCACAUAGGGACAGGGAAACUCUGAGAAGAGGGGAGCCUGGCCCUGUCCAGUCAGGGACACCCACCACCCCCCACCACCGAAAUUUCUGUGCCCUUGUCUCACAAGGACAGGGAAGCUGUUCCAGUCCAGGACACUGAUGGUGCUUGGACCUCAGCCUCUAAAGAGGGCUGGCCAUGGUCCGGGAGUUAAGGGCCUUGGGCUGGGGUUUAAGUGUCCACCCAGCCAGGCUCUGCCCAGUGUGGGACCAGUAGGCAAAGAAAGAGGGCAGGACCAGGGGAGGGAAGAUGGUCUGGUCCAGCUGGUGCCUGCCAGGAGUGACCCCCUGCCUCGCCUGCCCACCCCUCACCACAGUGUUUGUGCCUUGAACUGAGGAGGCAGCCCCUGAGCCCAGAACUCUUAUGGUCCAACACCCCGAGAGAAGGGGUGAGAAUAAUCUCUGCAUCUCAGGUCUCCCAGGAAAUGGGAAGACCCAGGCAUCCCAGGACCCUCACAUUCUGGAGCAGAGAUGAGAUCUGAGCCUGUGCCCCUACUGCCUCCUCAUUAUUUGCAAUAGAUGUAAAUAUGACCAAUAAAUCCUUUGGAAGAGCCA